AUGGUACGAAGCGUGGUGCGCAGUUGUUUCAGGUGCGCACGAUACAAUCCAGUCCCUACACAACAACAAAUUGGUCAGUUGCCAGCCCACCGAAUUAUUCCAAAUCGCCCGUUUAAUGUCACAGGGAUCGAUUAUGCUGGCCCAAUCUAUCUCAAACCGAUACAUAAACGUGCCGCUCCCACAAAAGAUUAUUUCAGCGUAUUUGUGUGCUUUACGACGAAAGCUGUACACCUAGAGCUGGUUAGUGACCUGUCCACCCCCGCUUUCCUUAAUGCACUUCGUCGCUUUAUUGCUCGGAGAGGCCGGCCCUCUCACAUUUAUUCCGAUAAUGGAAAAAACUUCGUGGGUGCUAGGAAUGAAAUAAAAGAACUUUUCCACAUCCUACAAGAUCAGAUCGAGCAACAACAAAUCUAUUCUUGGAGCACUGAGGAAGGCAUAUCAUGGCACUUUUCACCACCAAUGGCCCCUCACUUCGGUGGCUUGUGGGAGGCAGCGGUAAAAGUGGCCAAGAAGCAUUUGUUCCGUCAGCUAGGCGCAUCUCGUCUUUCCUUCGAGGAUAUGAGCACGAUAUUGACGCAGAUCGAGUCCCAAAUGAACUCGCGACCAUUAGUGCCACUUUCAGAAGACCCCAACGAUCUGUCCGCACUAACACCCGCCCAUUUCCUCAUCGGUACUACGAUGCAUGCUCUGCCCGACCCAGAUCUACAUCACAUUCCUACCAAUCGUCUUGACCACUAUCAACAGCUUCAAAUGUACACACAAAAAUUCUGGGAUCAUUGGAAACGCGAGUAUAUUCAGGAGCUCCAGAAAGAUACGAAGCGGUGUAACCUGAAUAACGAGAUCCAGCCAGGUCGGAUGGUCGUAAUCGUCGACGAGUUCCAAGCACCGAUUCGUUGGCCGCUGGCCCGCAUUGCUGAAAUUCAUCCCGGAAAAGACAACAUAACUCGGGUUGUCUCUCUACGCACAUCGAAAGGUAUCAUAACUCGUCCCAUCACAAAAAUAGCUCUCUUGCCGUUGAUUGACGCUACAAAUUCGAAUGAGGACUCAUCCAUGGUGAACAAUCAGCAAACUGUCCAACCUCCAGCGCACGAUCAUCAUAGGGAAUAA